ACAUUCGUAAAGGACCAGCGGGAGAGGAGUCAGGAGAGGAGAGCAUCUCUUGAUCCGGACCGGAGUAGAGUGUCGCGCAUUCGCGUGGUAAUGCCGUCCGAGCGAGCACCAACGUGGCGACGAAUAAUUAUAUGAUGUACCAGCACGCGCGCGACGGACGAGACAUUACACGAGUUGUCACGGGCAGCGUUGGCUUGGUCUCCUAACCUAAUUUCGUCCGCACCUGUUUCACCGAAGGGAAUCUCAGUCAGUACUGUACACGAAACAUGAUGUCCAACGGCGUUCAGAAUCCGAUUAAGCAAAUCGAGGAGACCUCGAUGCGGAAUAAUGUACAUCACUCGUCAACCGCCACAUCGCCGUCGUCGUCGUCAUCGUCGUCGUCGUCGUCGUCGUUGGAUCCCCUCAUGAAGCUGUCCUCGUACUUCCUGGCAGUCCGACCGUGGUCGCUGAGCGCAUCGCUGAUGCCGACGCUUCUCGGGUCGGCGCUCGCGUAUCGGCUGACGGGCCUGGCAAGCUUCAGCUGGAUAUCGCUGAUCCUUACCGUGUUCAUAGUGCUCUGCGUGCACGGCGCUGGUAAUGUAGUGAACACUUACUUUGACUACGUGAAGGGCGUCGACAGCAGGAAGAGCGAUGACCGAAUACUGGUGGACGAUUUACUGUCCAAGGACGAAUUGGUCUCGCUCGGGGCGUUCCUGUACGCGGCGGGCUGUCUGGGAUUCGUCCUGCUGACCGCCAUCUCGCCGGCGAAGAUGGAGCACCUGGCCCUCGUGUACUUCGGAGGCCUGUCCUCCUCCUUUCUCUACACGGGGGGCAUAGGAUUGAAAUACAUCGCCCUGGGCGACGUACUUAUCUUAGUCAUAUUCGGCCCGAUUUCAGUUCUAUUUGCGUUCAUGGCGCAAACCGGUUACCUUGAGCUAGGAACAAUUUAUUACGCGAUACCGCUCGCUUUGAACACCGAGGCUAUUCUGCACAGCAACAACACGAGGGACAUGGAGAGCGACAGGAGGGCGGGAAUCGUAACGCUGGCUAUCUUAAUAGGCCGCACAGCGUCUCACGUUUUGUAUGCUUUUUUACUGUUUACACCGUAUAUAAUUUUCGCGGUAAUGGCGCUUAGAUAUUCCAUCUGGUUUUUACUGCCAGUGGUCACGCUGAUGACCGCCUUUAAAAUAGAAAAGGAAUUCCGCAAUCCGCAUAGAAUUCAAGAUGUGCCUAAACAGACAGCCGGGUUGAAUGUAUACCUAGGUAUUUUGUACGUUGUCGCUUGUUUGCUCGUGGGCUCGCUCCCCUAUCUGUAAAGUUAUUCAAUGAUGCUUUCGCACAUUUCGUCCUGGAUUACUCUUCCCACUCGGUAACCCGGUGAUACUCCCUUUCCAGUGAGGUUUCAUCCGGAUUUGCAAUUAAAGGUACGCAACCUUUCAAAUAAGCGAAGGAAUAGUUUGGAAAAUGACUUGUCUUAUUAUUUUUUUAUUUAUUGAUUACGCUCAAUAUAAUUUCGCGCCGCAUCCCGUAACACAAUCCAGAUACGAUUGUUUUUGCUGUCCGCAAGGGUAAUCCAAGAUUGACAUUCUUGAUGAAGUUAGACUUCAUCAAUAUAUGUAUCGGCAGCUUGUUAAACUGACAAAACUUUGAUAAUUUUAUCAAAAUGUGUCUGUGCCCUCACAAAUUAUGCGAUCAUUCUCAAAUUAUACUUAGCACAAGUAAAAAAAAACCAAUUACUUGUUUAUUAAAGAUGUCGCGUGUCACAUUCGCCUCGAGUACUAAUUAAUUCAUAUUCGAGACGUUCGUGACAAAAUUAGGACUUUGUGACGAACUCGAUCUUGAAUAUUAUUUCAUACUGCGUACUAUAUUGUCAUAUUUUGUAAUAAAAUAAAAUAUCAUACUCGCGGAUGUCAGGACUUGGAAAAACGGAUGAAUACACACAAUAUAGUCUCUCUUCUCAUUUUCACGUAGAACUCAACUAAAUCUUUUAUAUGAGUCCUACAAAAUUAAACUUCUUGAAACAGACCUUCUGUGUAUUUAUUUUAAGAUGUAUCUCAAGAAAUACGCAUAUAGUCUGCGUAUUGUCUUACGCGAACGAGGUAAAUGCGCGUGUAUCUCGUUACGAAAAUACCAUUCGCCUACGUUUCCGUAUUAUUUAUGUUGUAAUUGACUUACAUCACUCUUACACGCAUGAUAAUUUUAAUAGAGUGAUACCUCACGAGCAUCACGAAUGUCGUAUACGACGCAUAUGUGUAUCUUAUACUAACAUAGUAUGUUAUAUUUUCGAUAACAUAUUAUGUUCAACUUAACCAUAUUUUUAUUUUUUACUGAAUAAAUUAAACGUUUCUUCUCCCAAAA